AUGGCUACUAUUUGUGUUAAUUUAUUAAAAUAUUGUGCACCAAGUUCAUAUUAUUCAUCGACAGGAUUUAAUAUUCAUAAUCCUGAAUUUAUCGAUGCUAAUAUUAUAAUUUCAAAGCUUCAUACAGAAUAUAUGCAAGCUUUUGGUACAAGUUAUACUGAUCGAAAAAAGGCGUGGAAUAAUAUUCAAGAAAUAACAAACUUAUCUGAUGAUAUAUUAAUUGACAGUUUAACAAUGCAUAUGUAUGAUUCGGAUAUAGCAGAAUGCAAAGAAGAACGAGCAAUGAAAGAUGUUAAGCUUGUUGAUUUAAUUCCCUUAGAUCUUCAUUCUAUGAAUGAUUACUUAAAAGCUAUUAAUACUUAUACCCGAUUACAGCCUAUUAGGCAAUAUCUUAACUCUUUUAUUGCUUUAUUUAUUGAUCAUAAUAGGCAUAAAAAUGGAUUUCGUGAUGCUUUUGUUAAAUCUACACAUUAUCCAUAUACUCAACAUCAAUUAAAGCAACUAGGAGAAAUGUCUGCUGAAUUUUUAUUAUCUUUAUUUAUUGAUAUUCGAAAUAAACAUGGCCAAAUAGCAUUUAAUACAACUGUUGAUAUCAAAUGGUUACCAAUUGGAUAUCAUAUUUUAAAAAAGCCUUCAAAAAACAAAUUUUGUGAUGCAACAAAAUGUAAAUUAAGCAG